AUGCUCUAUGACCGAGCUCACCCCCACCGAGACCGUAAAACUAGGGAAGAGGAUUUGGUGCGCCGGUUCCUUGACGGCCUGCUAGACGACGAUGCGCGCUUUGAGGUAGAAUUUCAUAAGGAGCCCACCACUGUUGAUGAUGCUGUUUAUCAUGUUGCCACCUUUCUGCAAACAAGGGGCAGUCAGGAUGACCGACGACCAAGGCGACCGAUGCGGCGUACGACUGACCGCUACCCCACGUGUGAUGAGUGGCCACCCACAAGAGAGCAGCAUACCGGAAGUAGUUUUAAAGGGGGCGAUACUGCCGUUGAAAGGCCGAACAAGCAAGUUAGUGCCAGUGAAGAAGUUCUCAACCAGAUAUUGAGACGUUUAGAUGAUCUGGAAGUGUUUUGUAGUGCAGAGGGGAAGCCCUGUAUCAGUAAUGGGUGGGUGCGCAGACAGAGUUCCAAAGCCCUUGCGGAGGGAGUGUAUGUGAAGGGCUCUGUAAAUGGACAUUCUGUUACAUUUACGGCAGAUACUGGGGCGUCACGGACAAUAGUGUCCACCAGGGUGUUCGAGCAGUUGGAGGUGGAGACCCGCCCGUUGCUGGACAAGACGGCCAGGCUGGUUGGUGCUGGAGGAGCGCCAAUUAGAGAGGCUGGACAGGCAAAGCUUAAUCUUCGUUUAGGUCCUAUGCAGCUGGUGGAGGACGUUAUGGUUGCAGACAUCGAGGACGAUGCGCUGCUGGGGUAUGACAUCCUUAAGGGACGUAACGGUCAGCCUGCAGAUAUCUUAUUAAGUUGUAACAAGAUAGUACUAGACGGUGUAAGCAUUCCUGUGUUUCAGAUUGGAAAGGAGGACAAAACAAGGCGGGUUGUGGUAGCAGAAGAUAUGACUUUACCUGGCCAAGCAGAGGCGGUGGUCAAUGUUUAUAUCGAGAGGUACGAAGCUGACGAUAAAGACAUGGCGGCCGAUUACGUAGUUGAGCCUACAGAGGCAUUUAAAGAAAGGUAUCCUCUGCAAAUGGCAUCAACGUUGGUUAACCUUAACCAUGCUCCUACAUGUAAGAUCCGCAUCCUUAAUCCAUUUCCGGCGGAAGUGACAUUAAAACAGGAUGCUGAGAUAGGCGUGGCAGAGAAAAUUGAGAGAAUAGUUACAGUACUUUCUCAGGUGGAACAUCAACAAGAGAUUGAAAAUUAUGUUGCUGCACGCCGAGUGAACACUGCUUCAACUGUUGAAGAAACCAAGGCACGGGCUUAUAGCACUAAAGCAUCUAAUCAGGUCCCCUCCCACUUAAUUUCGCUGCUAAACAGAUCAACAGAGGGCAAAAGCAUUGCAGAAACGGAGGCUGUUGCUAGUAUUUUGGCCAAAUUUGGUGAUACAUUUUCUAAAGAUGAUUGGGACAUUGGCCUAACCCAUUUAGCAGAGCACUCUAUUAAUACAGGAGACGCGGUGCCCAUAAAGCAGCGACCCAGACGGGUGCCCCUCGCCUACGCAGAGGAAGAAAAGCAAGCGAUUGAAGACCUUCUUAAUAAGGGGGUUAUUAAGAAAAGCACCUCCCCUUGGGCCAGUCCAAUUGUUCUAGUACGCAAGAAAAAUGGGUCAGUUAGGCCAUGUGUGGAUUAUAGGCGGGUUAAUGCGCUGGUGAAACCAGAUGGGUUUCCGUUGCCGCGCAUACAAGAUUGCCUUGAUGCGGUGGCAGACUCACAGUAUUUCAGUAGUCUUGACCUCACUUCGGGUUAUUUUCAGAUACCGCUAAAGAAGGAAGAUGUCCCAAAGAGCGCCUUCGCCUGUAAAUUCGGACAGUAUGAGAUGGUCCGAAUGCCAUUCGGACUUAACAACGCAGCUAGUACGUUUCAGAGAACUAUCGAACUUGUCCUCCAGGGGCUCCAAUGGGAAACGUGUCUCGUCUAUAUUGACGAUAUUGUCGUGUUUGGGAGUGAUCUCGAACAACAUUUAGGCAGGUUAGAAGAGGUUCUCUCUCGUAUCAGGGAGGCCGGCCUAAAGUUAAAACCCGAAAAGUGCAACCUCCUUCAGACGGAAGUUCGCUUCCUGGGCCACAUUGUGAGUGCAAAAGGGGUAAAGCCCGACCCCUCUAACAUAGCCAAAAUCAUAGGGUGGCCGCGACCUGAGAACCAGAAGCAGGUGAAGCAGUUUGUGGCAACAGGGUCUUACUACCGUAGGUUCGUGAAAGAUUUUGCCAAGUUAGCGAGGCCUCUGAUCGACCUAACGAAGAAGGACCGUCCGUUCCAAUGGACAGUAGCUUGCGAGGAUGCAUUUAUCGCCCUGAAACAAGCCCUGAUUGGCCCAGAUAUUAUGGGGUACCCUCUGAAUGAGGCAGGAAGCUUUUACCUAGACACUGACGCAUCCGGUGUUGGACUAGGUGCAGUGUUGUCCCAAAUACAGUCAGGAAGGGAGCGAGUAAUUGCGUAUGCUAGUCGCGCCACAAAUAAAGCGGAGCGUAAUUACUGUAUUACGGAGCAAGAGCUUCUGGCAGUGGUUUUCUUCAUCCAAUAUUUUCGCCAGUACUUGCUCGGUAGGCGUUUUGUGGUGAGGACUGACCACCAGGCACUGGGUUGA